AUGGGUGAUUCGAUGUUUCAGUCGGCAGCUGGUGAUGCCAACACAAGCUCGUUGCGCCCUUCUACGUCUGUACAGACCAUGUCAGGCACUGCAGGAGAUAGGCGGUCAGCGCCACCACCGUCGUCGGGCCCAAUUACCGAGGUCAUCAAGUCAGCUGCCGUUGACGAUGCCACGAUGCGUGCCUUGACACAGAUGGAAUUUGGUCUCCCGCUGAUGGAUGAGCGAUUAAAAGAGUGCAUUGAGUCGGCACGCGGUGUUUCUGCGUUCUUUAAGAAACGAGCCGCCUAUGAAGAAGAGUAUGCUCAGAACCUAAAAAAGCUUGCUCGAAACACCAUGAACGAGUACUCAGGCCAAGAUAUACGUGCAGGAUCGUUCGGGAAGAGCUGGAAGGCCAUGGUCCAAAAUCAGGAUGCGGUGGGAGAGAACCAUUUGCGUUUCUCAUCGAAGCUGACGACGCUGAGUGAGGACAUUGCAUUGCUGGUCCGUGAUGCGGAGCAUGCGCGACGUCAGCACCGUGACUUGGGAUUCCGAUACGAGAAGAACCUCCUCGAUGCGGAAAACAAUGUGGAAAAGGCUCGCACGCGCUUCGACGUAGCGUCGGAAGAUUUAGAGCGUGUCCUUUUAGUGAAGACAGGCGAUAGCGCCCGCGCUGCCGAUAUGAGUAUCGGCGUAGCAGCCGGUAAGCGGACCCUCGGUAUGCCGUUCUCGAAGAGCAGCAUGUUUAAAAGCAAGAAUCCGCAACAGAUUCUGCGGCAUGAAGACGAGUUCCGUUUGAAGAAGACCAAUGCACACGAAUCGCUGCGAGGCGAGGCACACAAUGCACAGAGCAUCCGACACGAAUACUUCCACAUGCAGCUGCCUGGUGUUUUGCGUUCUUUUAAGGAGGCCAUCGAUGAACUUGACUCGGGCCUGCAGUUCCAGCUGGUGCGGUACGCGUUCUUGAACGAAAGUAUUGCGUUGGGCGAUGGUCUCUCCAUCAACCCGCUAGGCGAUAAGUCGGCACAGCCUGGCCUGCGUGAGGCAGCAGCGGCCAUCAACAAUGGUGCCGAUUUCAAAGACUUUAUGCAGAACUAUGAACUGGCACGGAAAGGCAAGGACAUCAAAGGACCUCAUCGUCAUAACCCUUACGAUGAAACGACAUUGGCCAAUAUAAUGUAUCAAUCGACGCUGACCAGCGGCAUAGAAGAGAAGAACAAGCCUGUGUUUGGCGUCGACUUGGACACACAGCUCUCUCGCGAUGGCGUCGAAGUUCCGCCGAUCCUUGAAAUUUGCACAGAUGCUAUUGAGCGUGUGGGUAUUGACAAUAUGGGCAUCUAUCGUUUGUCUGGUACCACGUCGCGUGUCCAAAAACUCAAGGCGAAGUUCGAUUCAGAUUGGUCAACGGUGGAUGUCAUGAGUGACGAAGCGAUUCAGGAUAUCAAUAUCGUCGCAGGCUGCUUAAAGCAAUGGUUCCGCGAGCUACCUGAACCCUUGCUAACGUAUCGCUUAUACCCAGCCUUUAUCGAAGCAGCCAAGAUCGAGAACGAGUACUUGCGGCAGGUCCGGUUACACGAACAGGUCAACGAGCUUCCAGAUGCCAACUAUGCUACGCUGCGCUUCCUCAUGGCACAUUUGGACCGAGUACGGGCGCAUGAAUCAGUCAACCAAAUGACGGCGCACAAUCUGGCGAUCGUGUUUGGACCGACCUUGCUACGUUCGCCUAAUGAGGGCCAAGUCGCUCGAGCUGGUCAAGGCGGCGCUGGUCCUGUGUACCUACAAGAAAUGAGUUUCCAAGUCAUGGCGAUCGAGACCAUUUUGGUCAAGUACCGUGACAUCUUUGUCGAGAACGACGACGAAUAA